UUUCAUAAAACUUUUUUUAUUUAUUUUUUCUUGAAUUGCCCGUUCUGGAAACUUCUGGAAAAGCAGAUUUUUGUUUUCCAUAUUUUAGAACUAGUAAUAAUUACAUUAUGAUUAGUUAUAAUGCCAGUAUAAUAAGAUCCCAUUUCAUGUCUCUUUAUGAACAAAUAAUUAUAAAAGUUUUAAAAUGCAGCUUUUACAAAUAUUUUAAUAGAAACAAAACAUUAAUACCGAACUUGGAGAGGUAAAGUGGCCAAAGAGAGUAGAGGUGUAAUGGGUUGUACAUUUUGACGUGAGGUGUUGUUGGUCGCACCUGUCGGCCAAUCAGAAGCAGCGCGUGGCCAACAAGAAGGAACGCGAGGCCUAUUUAAACCGUGCGCACGAGCCUCUAGGAUUAUUCUGUUUGGAUACUGUGGAGAAAAGAGCCUGAAAAGAGAGGAACGAGCCUGAAACGAUGACCAAGACGCUGCCCAACUCACCCCAAGAUGGGAACCGGAGCAGAAAGAGGAUACUAAAACCAGUGGUGGAAAAGAAAAGGAGAGAUCGGAUCAACCAUAGCCUGGCUGAAUUGAGGAGUCUUCUUUUGAACUCAACAUCUGAUCCUAGGCUGCAAAAUCCGAAAAUAGAAAAAGCAGAGAUUUUGGACCUUGCUGUUGAGUACCUGCACAAGUGGACCAGUGGGGCGAAUGAUGCUGUUCAAAUAAGACAUACUCCAGUGUCACCCCCUCGUCUAGAGCCUUCUUCUGUGUUCACAAUGGAGACCGCUGGUUUCAAACAGUGCAUGGCUGAGUUAACGAGCUACAUACACAAAAUCACGCCAGCGCAGAGAAGCAGUCUCAUCGAGGGACUGAAGCGCCACACAGACACGCACCCGCCGUCUUUGAACCACGAACUAGAGCAACGACUUGGCCACGUGCCCUCGUCUUUAGACUCUAGCUACUCCUCAUCGGACAAGAAAGAAGACUCACUGAAGUUCCCAUUUCUGUCACAUUCAUUCAACCACUCUCCUCACUGCUCCACCCCGCUCCAUGACUACCUCUCCCCGCCACUGUCGCCAUGGUUAUCGCCAUUGUCAGGUUACUCGACGUCGCCCCCCUUUGUCACAUACGCGUGCCAUUUUACGUUCCCUCCGACACCUCCAUCUUGUAACAGCAGUUUGUCCACACUUCCGGCACCUGUCCCGUUCACACCUACCCCAGGAGUGUACCUACCCCUGCAGCCUCCUCCGCGGGGGGCCUGCUCCAGCUCGGCCUCUGUAUGGAGGCCCUGGUAGAGACUGAAUAAUGCCCCCUAAUGGACACAGUCUGUAAUGGCAGAACAUGAAAUCUGUCACCAAUGCAAUAUGUACAGUGUGAAUAGUAUUAUAUUUGUAUGUAUUUAUAACUUUCUGUAAUAAAAUGGAAAAAUGAAUUCAA